UUUCAUUUACGUGUGUGGCUAAUUUGUUGUUAAUGCUACACAUCCAAAAGUUCUAACCUAACCUCAGUUGGACCUGAUACACUCACUAUAAUUGGUAGAUUCUGCUGUAUAUUUCUCUAGGUCAGUGUAUUCAGAUGUAACUCUGUGCCACUAUUGGUUCCCUAUUAGGAGGAAAGGUUCCUGUUAAGCUCUUUUCCUGUUUUAGGGCCCUAGAAAGCGGCUUUGUGUCGUAAGGAAUUUCUUUACCUGCUGACCUGUUGUGGCCAACUCACAAGAGGUGUGAGCCUGCAUUGGGUGUGGAUUAAAACACCUCGCUAACACCAACUGUGCUGCUGGCCAGCUUGACCUCUUACUGACCCAUUGCCUCGUGCUGUAUUGGGUCCGAGUGGAAUUUGCAUCCUCCAAGGUGAUAUUCCUGAUCGUUGCCGGGCAACCUCAGGUGGUUCAUGUGAACACACCUGUCUGAGAGUUUCAGCGGCAGAAGGCAAGCCAGACUCCAAAUACACACUUGGCUGUUUAUUUUGUCUUUGUCACACUAAUAAACCAACCGCCGGAUAUUUCAGCACCUGGUUAAGCAUUGUGUGGUCUGCUAUAAGCAAGUCUGGCCAUUUAAAAUAUUCCAAAAAGCAGAACAUGAAAGUAAAAAAAAUGCAAGUGAAGGAGUCACUCUGAAGGGAAACUUAUAGUAGUCUGCCAGAAUAUGCACAAAUUAGCAACAAGAAUAUAUAUGACUCACAACGGCUCAUAAAGGUUAAAUAACUUGUUUCAGAGAGAGAGAGUCCUUUAAAUGCCAUACUUUUCAUGGCAUUUUUUGUUUUUUGGGAAUAAAUUAUCUUCCUUGCUUAUAAUGAGUUGGGGGUAUUUAGACGUAAACCAGGCAGUGAGUUCCAUAUGUACUACUCUAUUUAAAAUAGGAAAGAUUCCCAUAAAAGAACACUCUCUCCGCUGUCCUUUGUUUUUCUUCUGGUCAUCAUUUGAUCCUACACAAUGUGGCAUAUGUUCUGCUGACAAAACCAAAUUUAUGUUUUAAUUGUAUAGAUUGAAUAUAUCUUGCUAGGAUGUAGUUUGUUUGCCUGUGACCUAUCGAGAGGAAAUUGGAGAGACCACCUGGUUGGUUGCUGUUAGCGGUGGUUACAUUUCAGUUGUACACCGUAACUUUCUCGCUUGCACUGACCUGACUUUCGGUUUUGCACACCCAUUAAAUGCAUAAAACAUGUUGGCCGCUAAGACGUUGCACCCUCCUCUCUGAUAUAAUAAAGAGUCUUGAGCAUUUUCGGAUACAAUGUAGUUGAUUGUGGCAUCAAUGUUGCACUGUCUGACUGUUAACAUGCUGGUUAAUAGUGUCAUUCAAUAGCAUGCGUCGUAGAACCUACUGACCUGUCUAUCCAAGAUAGUAUUAAAGUAUAUUAUAACAUCAAAUCAUAAUGAGUGCAGAUCAACCACUUGGUUGUGGAGGGUGUAACCCUAGUGUAGGAGCGGCCCCAUCCAUGCCUGGAGACUGCUUGUCGUUACAGUAAAUGGGAACCUUAGAUAUGUUGGCCCUUGCAGGACCAGGGUUGGCUGUAUGUUCUCAGCCUCGUACUCUGGAUCCGGUGGUAGGGGAGAGACUCUCUCAGCAUCCAAACAAUUUCUCUCUGGGCUCUAAGAUUACAGGCAGGGUAUCGCACAGCGGCUGUGUGGACAGUUUGUGGGUUAGCCAGCGACGGCUUCACGACUUGAACUUCGGGGCAAACGUCUCAGACGCAGGGAAAAUGCAUUGCUGUCACGACUACAGAGGAACCCAUUUCCUGUUCAAUUCCCACUCUGGUGGAGAAUAUGUGUGUAGAAAACUUUUAUCAGAUUGUAGCAGGAGAACUGAAGGCAGUCGAUAGCAAGGACUUAAAGACUCGCAGGCAUCAUUUAAUUAAGGGAAGGAUUUAAUAAAUACAGUGUCAAAGGGUUAACGGUUCACCUAAGAUAUUUUAUUCAUCCCCACGGUCACCUAAAGAGGCUGAAACCGUUUCACAACGUUCUGCUCCCUUCUAUUUUUUUCCCACUGAGGUGCUGCAUUAAUGUCGGACGGAAAACCACAGCGAAUCCAAAGCUAACGACUCUCCCCAGAGAUAGAACUUGGCUUGUUGUUGGUUUGCUUUACCCAUCCAAAAAAAAAAAAAAAGGUGAAAAAAAAGUCUGAAAGUGCUGAGUCAGCCGGAUUAUGUCCACAGAAUCAAGCUCUGUCAUUGGCCGACUGAGGAGACGGGGGCAGUCUAGCGUGGCCUGUUGCUGGGUGAUAAGAGGAGAUUCUGGGGUGGCGUGCGCCGUGUUGACUAACGCUGAAGGGUUAACGUGAGGAGAGGAAAGACGUCUCCAAACAGGAAACGGCCAGCUCAGUGUACCUGGUGAUGGAGUACUGCAACGGCGGGGACCUGGCAGACUAUUUACACUCUAAAGGCACCCUUAGUGAGGACACCAUCCGCGUGUUCCUGCAGCAGAUCGCAGGGGCUAUGCAGGUCCUGCACGGCAAGGGCAUCAUCCACCGGGACCUGAAGCCCCAGAACAUCCUGCUUUCCUACCCGCCGGGGCGCAAAUCCCACUCCAACAACACCUGCAUCAAGAUCGCUGACUUUGGCUUCGCCAGGUACCUCCAGACCAACAUGAUGGCUGCCACCCUCUGUGGAUCUCCCAUGUACAUGGCCCCUGAGGUCAUCAUGUCCCAGCACUACGAUGCCAAAGCGGACCUCUGGAGCAUCGGCACCAUCGUGUUCCAGUGCCUCACUGGCAAGGCCCCCUUCCAGGCCAGCAGCCCUCAGGACCUACGCCUCUUCUAUGAAAAGAAUAAGAAUCUCAGCCCAAGCAUCCCCAGAGAAACCUCCAGUCAUCUGAGGGUUCUGCUGCUGGCUCUGCUUCAGCGGAACCACAAGGACCGCCUGGACUUCGAUGAGUUCUUUACUCAUCCGUUCCUCGAGAGCAGCUCCUCUACCAAAAAGACGACUCCAGUCGUCACCAUGACGUGUUUUUCCAGUUCUGCAUCGGCCAGCUCCUGCAGCAGCUCCUCCACCUCCCACCUGGCCUCUCCCCCGCUGUCCCUGGCUGAAGGUCAGCCACCGCGGCCCAAGACUCUGGCCUCUCCUACCCAGGAUGCAGCGGGGUUCCUCAAGGACUCCUCCGGGGGCGCCGGCAGCAGCAAGAACUCGUCUUCGUGCGACACGGACGACUUUGUGAUGGUUCCAGCCCAGUGUCCCAGCGAGGCCGCAGCGUUCCAGGACAGCUUGAUGAACAGUGGCUCUAUGCUGGCCUCGGCUGGACUGUGUGUCCAGGCCAGGACCCCCCCACACUCUCCCUCCUACAGCACAUCCCCCAACCCAGUCAGCAAGCCCAUUGAGUGCUCACCGAGUAACUACGGUGGUCACCAUGGAAACCGCGGCCAGUCAGUGCCUAUCCCCGUUCCCACUCAGGUCCACAACUACCAGCGCAUGGAGGAGAACCUCAGUUCACCCAGGACGGACAUCUCCCCACGCUUGUCCAGCCCGGUCCAUCGCUGCGGCAGUGGAGGGUCGCUUGGCUUCUUCAGGAUGGGACCCCCAUCUCCGUCCAGCCACGGACCCCAUCCCCCCAACAGCAGCACCCCCCGUAGGCAGUCCAUCGGAGGGGCCAAGACUCUCCCUCUCAUCCCUCACGCCUUCCAGUCCACUGAGCCAAAGCCAGCGCCCCAGCAGCAGGAGUCCGGGCUGGGCACGCGGCUCCACAGCGCCCCCUGUCUGCUGGAGUGUGCUGGCGGUGGCGGCGUUAGGCAGAAGGUCAGGAAGCAGCACUCUGACCCUGUGAUGACCCCCCAACCCCUGCACCCCUCCCCCCGGAUCAGCCCCCUCCCCACCAUCCUCGGCUCCCCCUCCAGGACCAUCCCCCCCUUUGAGUUCCUGAACUCCCCCUCCGGCUCCCCCAACCUGGUGACCUUCCUGACCCAGCAGGGCCUGGUUCUGGGCCCCGCCCCGCCGGAGCUCCCGGCGACGGCCCACCGCACGGCCCCCCGGCCCCCAUACCAGGACCCCCGAGGCUUCGGACGGUCCAGCAGUGCUAGCCGUCUCACUGAAAUGCUGCUGAUGGCUGCGUUUGGAGCAGGAGGAGCAGGGGGAGGAGGAGGGGGAGGGGGAGGAGGGGGAGGAGGAGGAGGAGAAGGAGGCGUGGCCGCUGGCGAACCAGGAAACUCGGAGCCCGUGACCUCGGCCAGAGCAAUAGACAUAAAAGCGCCUCCUGGUUGUGGAGGGGCCCCCGGAGGCCCGGCUCAGGUGGUCUUCACUGUGGGCUCCCCGCCCAGCAGCAGCACCCCCCCACAGACCCUCAGACACAGGAAGUACUCAGGCUCCCCCAGCUCCGUCAGUCCGGCGGGCUCCUUCUCUCGCCUCUACGCCCACGCCGGCACCUGCGUGGACGGCCUGCAGGGGUCCUCCUGCCCACGCUACGGCCCGGCCGACCCCAUCGCCGCCAAUAUGGGCGGGCCCGUGUCCUUCGAGGCCCCUGAGCUCCCGGAGGAGACCCUGAUGGAGCAGGAGCACACUGACACCCUGCAGAGCCUGCGCUUCACGCUGGACUUCUGCCGCUGUCUGCUGGAGGUGGCGGGGGCCCGGGGGUCCAGUGAGGCGGACGGGGACCGGGGGUCCGGAGGGGCCCUGGACCGGGGCAACUCCAUCCUCCAACAGCAGAGCCUGGUGGCCGAUCAGAUCAGCUCCUUCAGCAGAGAGUGGAGUUAUGCAGAGCAGCUUGUCCUGUACCUGAAGGCUGCAGAGCUCCUGUCCAGCGCCCUGCACAUGGCUAUGGAGCAGGUGAAGCAGGGCAAGCUGUACCCCUCCACCACCGUCAAGCAAGUGGUGCGGCAUCUGAACGAGCUCUACAAGAGCAGCGUGGGGUCGUGCCGAGGGCUGAGCGGCCGCCUGGAGCACUUCUUCUCCAGGAAGCAUCUCCUCAUGGACCACGUCUCCUGCAUCCGGGCCGAGAGGCUGCUGUUCAGCCACACGGUGCACAUGGUGAAGGCGGCUGCACUCGACGAGAUGUUCCAGCAGGGGGCAUCUUCGGCCAUGCGCUACCACAAGGCCCUGCUGCUGAUGGAGGGCCUGACGCUGCUGCUCACUGAACAGGACGACAUCCUCAGUGUUAGCAAAUGUAAAGAGUGCAUCGAGAGGCGUCUCACAGCUCUGCAGUCGGGGCUCUGCGCUUGAAAUAGAGCGAGACACCCCCGCUAGAGCCUGGAUAUACUGCAUCGUUAGGGUGUCAAUCACCUUACCCUUAGCCCCGCCCCCCUCGCCCUUUCAACCCUGCUGAUUGACAUCCCGGUCCACAAAUAGCUCCCACCAAGUGACAUGCUGUUUUGAGCUCGUCCACCCGCUGAGGCUUCGCAACGCCCCCACAUGUGUCAAGAUGCUGAUGUGUCUCAUCCCCGGACAUCACUUCACAGCGCUGGGACUUAUUAAGUGUCGGUGUUGUUAUGAAGGAGGAGCGUCCGAUUUCUUGAUGGAGGACGGAGCAGACCACGGUGUGGAGGAGUUUAGCCUUAUCUCACCCGAGCUCGGUUAUUCCUUAUGGAGCUGGCCUAACGACCACGUGGGUUCAUAUAGCCACAGCUAAUCACACCUAGCCAAGUAGGGCCAUAUGCUUAUCCGGCAAAAAUAGAUGUACUAAGGACUCACUUUCACUACAUGCAGAAAAUGCUGUAUUUAAAAGUCCCUUGUCGAGAAUAGUGGCAAUGUAACUGUGAGCUUUAGUGUGUGUUUUUAUUUUAAGAUUUAAGUUAUGUACCAGGAGUUUUGUGAGUUUUCACAUUCCAGGAACUAUUCCUGUCCUUUUGUCACUUUAUGGAUCGCUGUAAUUAUCGAUCACUGUAUUUAUGGCUCGCUAUGUUUGCCAUAUCAAAGACUACGUUCAACUUUCUUCCGAGGACUGGACUCAAUAGUGUAUCAGUGAAAAGCCGUUGUACAGGCUCUCUCUAUAGAUGAAAGCUGGAUACGCUGCCUGCAACAGACAGAACCUGGAACAAGGAAUGGAUCACUGUGCAGGAACACACUGAACUGUGUUGGUCAUGCAGGCAAUCACCGUGACUUUAACAGGGAUUCAUGGACGUGUUGCAGCAUGAGCAACGUCUCUAGUACCUUAAGUUGAUUUUGGAUGAGUUGAGUUGAAUUGCAUUUCUCUUGCCUGUUGUGAUCUGGUUUUUAUUGGGGGGGGGUGGGGGGUGAUAGCGAGUAUAAUCAGUUAUUGAAUGUCAAGGUUCGUUCAGUGGAGACCACAACCAAAAGGAGUUUAUGGUAAAGGCCUGAGGGCCUGAGUGAGCUGCAGUGUUGAACUGUACUGAAGCAGUGUGUGGACAGAGGUUUGGUGGUAUUUGCUGAACAGUUUUAGCUUGUUUUGUAGAUCGCUAUCUGUAUGGGCUGCAUUUUGUGGAAUUUCAUUUGGUUGCUUCUCAAUAAUAGCGUUUGUAGGUAGAGCCCCUGGUUAAGGUUGGUGUGUGUGUGUGAGUGUUAAGCUUUUCAACCUUUCGAAAGCGGUUUUAGAAGUUGAUGAAUACAAUUUGAAAAGCAAAAAUGUUGAACACUGAAAGAUUUUGAAAAAGGUGUUUUUUAUUGGGUAGCCCAAAGAUGGUCUGCAUUGGAUUUUAAGUGUGGAAACCCCUUUUGUGUUUUAUGUAGAAUUUGACCAACGAUGUUCUCCAACAUCCCAGGUGUUGUUAUGAAUGUGGCACCAGCGGUAUGGGUCAAUUCCUGGUUUACUUCAGAAAGACUUGACGUGAGCGGUAUGCAUGAUGCCAUUGUUGUGGGAGGUGUUGAUGGAUAGUGUGGUGUACACAGAUCUAAAGAAGUGCUGUAUAAACAUUAGUCCCAUUUUGAUGAUGCUGUUUGCGUAAGGGGCACUGUUCUUUUAUACAUCCUGGGGGGGGGGAAUAGGACUAACCCUAACCCAGUGUCAUAGCCUCACAUAGUCUAUUUUUCUCCAAGUGUAACCCGCAUAAAACAUUAAACCCUGUGUGUGUGUGUGUGUGUGUGUGUGUGUGUGUGUGUGUGUGUGUGUGUGUGUGUGUGUGUGUGUGUGUGUGUGUGUGUGAAGAGAAUGUGUCGGUUUAAGUGUUUUAUUUAUGCACGUGUACUUGCUAUUUCUUUUAUUAAGACUAAUCGCAAAUUUCGCCUGCGUACACAAUUUAUUCAAGUUGUAGUGUGUUUAUAUAUUACUUUUUCUUUUUUUAAUAUAAAAACAUUCCUUUUGAAUUGACCCACAUCUCGUUGAAGUGCAUUGUGGGUACGUAGCAGGUUGUAAAUGACCUCCGACCUUUUUAAGCUGAAGCAUGUGACACUUUGUUUCCAGGAUUACUUACAAUCACCACUGUCAUGUCUCAAUCAUGAUAGUUAUCAUAUUGUUGUGGUCGUUCUUAUUGUGUAGGAAUUCAAUGUACAUCAAACCAUAUUAACACAGAUUGACAGGAUAGGCAGAAUCAAAUUUGGAGAUUAUACUUUUUGGGACCAGAGUUUAAGAUGUUAUAAUGUCCCUGACUCGUGACUAUGUCUUAUUUCUACGUUCUUAUUUUCCUACUGUCUCUGUGAAGUCAUACUCUCAUUUAAUAGUGGUAGGAAGAUGCUUAUACUCUGUAUAUGUGUAUAGAUCUAUAUAUAUAUAUAUAUAUAUAUAUAUAUAUAUAUAUAUAUAUAUAUAUAUAUAUAUAUAUAUAUAUAUAUAUAUAUAUAUAUAUAUAUAUCUAAUUUCAUUUCGAUUAUUUUGUGUGUUUCUUUGCUCAAGAUCAUAACACAUCUUACUUUUUCGGUACCAUGUGUAAAUAUUGUAUAUUAAGUUAUUGUUCUUAUUGUAAAUAUGACACGGGAAGCAUGGAGUUAAUAUUACCAUAAAACUUCCAAAGAAGCUUUGGCCAUGAGCAAAUACCCCAUACGGUCCACGCCUGCAGGGCAUUUAAAUGAAGACACUAUCUUAAUGGCUCUGAUGUACCAUUACUGUUUGAAAUGUCCAACAUUAAUAAAUUGUUAAGCAACUGGA